CGGAUCAGCUGAACGACAACAAGGGUAGCUGGCUAAAGGAAGGGAAGAAAGAGAGCAACGAAAGAUGGAAAUGCGGAUAGGCGGAGCGGGGCUCCUGUCUCCGUUGGAGGAGUCCAGCGCCGAGGUGAGCAGGGACAGCGGGGUCGUGUCCCAGAGCGCCAGCAGCCUGUCGAUGGUCAGCGAGGGACUGAGCAGCGGCACGGUGUCCCAGAGCCAGAGCUUCAACGCGGCGGUGGCACAGGCAGAGUCGGAGGAGCCAGACGAUCAGCAGCUGAUCCUGCUGCACACCGCUCAGAGCUACUCUUCCUACAUCAGGGCCACUGCCAUCGACGAGAUCCAUGGUUUGGAGAAGAGCCUUGAGGAAAUGCUGACCCGGGUGGAUGAGUUUGUUGGCAUGCUUGACAUGAUCCGGAGUGACACGUUUCAGGUGGUCAAUGAAAACCUACCUCAAAUCCACAGAAAAUCUGAAGAAAUGAGACAAAUAUACAGAAAGAUAGAUAAACUUGAGGCUUUUGUGAAGAUGGUUGCCGCCAACGUUAACGCGAUGGAGGAACAGGUGACGCAAGCAGAGGGUGAACAGGGUACUCUCCCAGGCGCCUUCAAAAAGAUCUUUCGCACAAUGAACGUCCCUGGGUUUUUAAAUAAACCAGCCAGUCCCAGAAGACAGCAGCACCACCAUCAGGAGUUGCCCACUGUGUUCAGAACUGAGGACUACUUCAAAUCCACAUCACAAGCAGAGCAGUGAGUGAUCUCCAACAUGGACUUCAUUUUCCCACCACCAGUGGGCGCACUGCUUUAUCAGUGCCUGACUGUCUGGACAACGGAGGGAGGCAAUAAAUAUUUUGGAAGAAGGUGUGGUCUUUGGUGCACAGCUUUAACAAGCAAUACUGUCCUUUUUAGCACUUGCAGAUGCACAACGUAUCAAAUCAUAAAAGUUGGUUAGCGUAGCAAAUGAAGAAUCCGGACUGCCCUCUCAGAGCAGCUGACUUUGUAGCCAAACAUUAUCCUAGAUUUUCAACUGUAUAUUUACUAAGAUCCUGUAAAGAAAGUGCCUGAAUUUUUUUUCUUUGAACUGUUUUCUGCCUUGGAGGCAAGAUUAUUCAGUCUGAAUCAGUUACUGUUGGACUCUUAAGACUGGCUGCCGAUGAAUUUACUGGGCAAAUAGGCUAGGUACCAGGUACAAAACGAAACGAAAAACUGUGGAACAAAGAGUUGUACAAAUAAUUAUGACAGAAUUUACUUCAAUAUGAUUCUUGACAUAUACUGGAGCCUUUUCCACAAUUUCCAAUUAAAGAGCUAUGAAU